CAGAUAUAGAACAGAGCUUCCCUCGUUUCUCAAUCAGACUUGAGAAUGGGUAGAAAUCUCAGCCCAGUUCUCCAGCGAGAACUGGCGAACCUUGACAAAGAUGCAGAUAGCCGAAAAUCAGCUAUGAAAGCACUAAAAUCGUACGUGAAGGAUCUGGACAAAAAGGCUAUUCCACUCUUUCUUGCACAGGUUUCUGAAACCAAGGGACCUGGUUCAUCAUCUGGGGAAUGCACCAUUUCCCUCUAUGAAGUUCUUGCCCGUGUACAUGGCCCUAAUAUUGUUCCCCAGAUUGAUAACAUCAUGUCCACCAUCAUCAACACCAUGGCUUCCAGUUCAGGAUCCUUCCCUCUCCAGCAAGCAUGUUCAAAGGUAGUUCCUGCUAUAGCUCGAUACGGGAUUGACCCACUGACUCCAGAAGACAAGAAAAGGAUGAUAAUCCACUCCCUCUGUAAGCCUCUUUCAGAUUCUCUAUUGGGUUCCCAAGAAGGCCUUGCUUCGGGAGCUGCAUUGUGUCUGAAGGCUCUUGUUGAUGCUGACAACUGGCGGUUUGCAUCCGAUGAAAUUGUUAAUGAGGUUUGUCUUAGAGUUGCCGGGGGAUUAGAGGAAAAACCCACUCAGACAAAUUCUCACAUGGGGUUGGCUAUGGCUUUGGCAAAGCAUAACAGCCUAAUUUUCGAGGCCUACGCAAGGUCACUAAUACGAUCUGGACUACGUAUUCUGGAUGCUGGUGUUUUGGAUGGAAAUUCUCAAAAGCGAUUGUCUGCCAUUCAGAUGGUGAAUUUCUUAAUGAAAUGUGUAGACCCUCGGAGUAUUUUCACAGAACUGGGGGCAGUAAUUAAAGAGAUGGAAAAAUGCCUCUCUGAUCAGAUGGCUUUUGUGAGUGGGGCAGCUUUUGAAGCAUUACAGACUGCCAAGAUAAUAGUCGCAGAUAAAGGUUCAAGAUUUGAGAGGGAUUCAGGUUCAAUCACAGGAUCAAAUUUUGGUAGGAGGAGAGAUCAUGGCAGGCGGAUAAAUUCAUGGAAUUCAAGAGAUCCAUCUCCUAUUUCUGCAUCACCAGAAUCACAAACUGUUGAUUCUUUCGUUGAGUAUGAUUCUUUGGUUGAAUCGCCAGUAUCAACUGGGCAAGUGUCAUGUAACUUGGAUCAUGGAGGUAGGUGUGUCAACAGGAGACUCUGGAAGAAUGAGAAUGGGAGAGUGGAUUUGUCACUCAAAGAUAAUUUGUUUUCAGAAGUGGGUAUGGGUAGUAACACAUCACACACUUUUGUGGAGGGCUUUGGGGAUGGUGAAAUAAGCAACAAUGGAGUUCAAUCAGGGGAAUUCUCAGGGUUUUUGCAGGAAAGUCCUAGCAAUGGCGUAACACGUAGCACCACUCCCAGUCCACAGAGGCCAUUCUCUCAACUCAACAUUGAUGGUAUAAAGAUCUUCACAACUCCGAGGAAGCUUGUUCGUUCUCUUCAGGAUCCAAAUGAUGUAAAUUCUGACUUUUCUGAGAAGCAAACCAUAAGGUUUAGAAGCCCAGCCUUGAACCAAUCACAAUGGAUCCCAAGAAGGAAAUUAGAACGGAAUGCCAUAUCAUAUGAUCUAAAAUUUGACGUUGAAGGUACCAACAAUGUGUCUAAGACUGGGGAGUGGAUGCAAAUUGACUCUGAAUCAGUGUCAUCAACAGAUGAUGUUCUCACCAACGCUGCACAAGUCUAUGACACGGUGAGCACUGAAGAUAAAACUGAAGCCAAAAGUAUAAAAAAGAGAAGUUUUACGACGGUUGCUCUUAAUUUGAUUUGUUGCCUCUUCAUCCUUCUUGCAAUUUCCAUUUCAGUCAUGUGGACUGGUACUCUGGAGGAAGGAUCUAAUCUUGUUCCAACCUGAUUCCAGAUUUCUGUAAGAGAAUCUGUAAUCAAUUUUACAUGGCCUAGUUAUGAUUAACAGUAACAAAUUUCUCUGAACAAAUAUAUCCAUUAGGGAAAGCUUGUCUAAUCUUUAUGUACCGUCAGAUUUGUAGGUCUAACCUAAUGAAAAUAUUUAUUUCUUUUCAUACUUGAUGUUUAUUUUUCUUUCGUAUAUGGAGAAAAUCACAGCAGACCAAAUACUUCUUUG